GAGUAUGUUUGAAGCAUGAGUUGUGAGAUAGUAGCAAACACAACAACACAACACAAACACUUGAAUCGGAAAGGACUCCACAAAGACAAGACACAAUCAGCACAACACAACUACUAUGUCGUCCUCCGAUCCCAACAAGUUGUUAGCCAAAGCUGAUAAACUAACAAAACUUAGUCUAACCAGGUGGAGUGCUGAUUGGAAAACUGCUACUGUUCUUUAUGAACAGGCUGCUAAUGGAUUUAGAGGUGCCAGGAACCAUGAGAAAGCCAAAAUAGCAUAUGAGAAAGCUUCACAAGGACAGCAAAUGCUUUCUUCACCUUGGGAUGCAGCUAAGCACAUGGAAUCUGCGGCUGCUCUGGCGAAGGAGCUGAGCAACUGGAGAGAAGUUGCAGACUUCUAUCAAAAGGCGUCUGAGUUGUACAUGGAGUGUGGGAGACCACAACCUGCAUCUGAUGCUCUUGCAAAGGGGGCCCGUGCUUUGGAAGAUACCAUGCCUGAAGAAGCUAUUCAGUUAUAUACAGAUGCUUGUACAAUUCUUGAAGAUGAUGAAAAGGAACAGAUGACCUUUGAUCUAUACCGUGCUGUAACUAGUGUUUAUAUAAAACUUGAGAAAUAUACAGAUGCUGCAUCAUCCCUGUUGAGAUUGGGCUUGGCAGCUGACAAAUGUAAUGCUACCAAUAGUCAGUCCAAGGCUUAUCUUAGUGCAAUUAUUGUCUACCUUUAUGCUCACGAUUUUAAGCAAGCAGAAAAAUGCUAUAAUGACUGCUCUCAGAUUGAUGCUUUUCUCAAAAGUGACCACAAUCGUUGUGCUAGCAAGUUUCUUUCUGCUUAUACGGAUGGAGACGUCGAUGAAAUCAAAAAAAUUGCUCAGUCCAGCGCUGUUUCCCAUCUUGACCAUGCAAUCAUUAGGCUUGCGAGGAAACUUCCAACAGGCGAUGUGAGUGCAUUAAAGACUAGUACCGCCGAAGAUGAUGAAGAUUCACUGGACGAAAAUGACCUGACUUAACCUCUAAUAGUGUUGUAUUUUUCAAUUUUAUAGCAGUGGUGCAUAACCUAUUUCAAAUUGAUGUUUGAAUUGAAUUGCGCGGUAUAUAUUGGUUUUUGUAUAAAAAUAUACUGUUCUUUUUGCUGGGUAUACAUACCCGUGGGAAAUGAAAUGCUGGUAAUGAGGGGAACGCUAUCAUUUAGUCGUUAUGUCUGCUGAUCACUUGUUCUUUCGACAUAAUUGAUCAUUUCUUGAUGAUUAAGGAAGCUCGAAUUCAGAGCUCAAUAAGAUCUAGGUUCACCUUGAAUUUGAA